AGUCACUGCUACAGAGGAACCAGCCUAGCUUCCAAGCAACCUUGCGCUUCCCAUAGCGCCUUCUGAACCCAGCUCCUGUACUCCUUGUGCUGCUGAAGAAAUCAUCUCUUGGUGAUGUCCACAGAGCAAAUGGAGCCACUAGAACUCUCAGAAGACAGGCUAGACCAGCUCAACCCAUGUUGUGGUCACUUAGAUGACCUUUCGGACCAAUUCAUUAAGGACUGUGAUCUCAAGAAGACAAGAAAGGGGAAAAAUGGACAAGUCACCCUUACUGUUGAGUCAGACAAGAAAAAACCCAGAAGAAAAGAUACACCAGCAGUGCACAUUCCACCGUUUAUACCAGGUGUCUUUUCAGAACAUCUAAUUAGAAGAUAUGAUAUUCAAGAGAGACAUCCAAAGGGCAAGACUCCAGCUCUACACAACACUGACCUGGAACAGAAAAAACCAAGGAGGAAAGAUACACCUGCCCUGCACAUGCCCCCCUUAGCAGCAGAUGUGAUGCUGCUCAGGGAUGAGAGACCCAAAGUGAUCAUGGAAGAUGAUGAAAAGGAUAGUGACAAGAUACCUAUUUAAGCUAUUUCCCCUGAGAUCGCAUGGAAAUAGGUUAGAUUGGUUCCCAGUGGUGACCUAGGGAAAAAAUAGACUUUAUUCUGCUCCCUUUUUUAA